CACUCGCUCACGUUCACUCUUGCUCACUGGCUCUCACUCUCCCUGUCUCUGCAUCUGUCUGUCUGUCCGUCUCUCUCGGUACCCAGUUUCAUACCGGUUACUGUUUGGUCGAGCCUGGAUCAUUUGUCACCCUAAACGCAAAUCAGACUGAACUCACACAAGCACAGAGGAGAGAGCUGGGCUCCAGAGAGGACUGGACAUCUGUGGUACUUGACGUUCAAGUCCUUGGCGAGAUGUCAGCAUUUCACAGAGCACUUUAAAUGUUUCAUUUGAGAGCUAAUGCAGCAUUCCCCACUGGUCAACAGCAGGAGUCCAGGCAGAAAGCAAAGCAGACUUCCCUCAACAUCAGAUGUUACACCCAGUGGCUGAGCCAGUCUUGCCUUCAGAAACCACAAGAGACUGGAUAAACUGAUGUGGCUGUCCAGUUUUCCAAGCACCACUUACUGAAGAGACUGUCUUUUCUCCAUUGUAUAUUAUCGCCUCCUCUGUCAAAGAAGAAUCAUCUAGAAAACAAGCACAUAUCGCAUGUGAAAAGAUCUUGGGGCACCUGGAAUGAAAGCUUCUGAUGUGUGAACUGAUCACUGGUGAAGAAACACCUCGGCCACUUCAAGAUGACAAGCGCUCACUGGGCUAAAUUAUUUCAUUGAACGAAAACCUCACACUGGACAAAAUUUUUACAAAGGCCACGCCUUCGGAAGUUGCCAGACCAUGAAUGCCACCACCGUCCCACCCGCGGAGGGGUCCUGCCCAUCGAACGCCCUCAUCACCAAGCAGGUCAUCCCCGCGCUGUACUUCGUGAUCUUCGUGGCCGGCAUCCUGCUCAACGGCGUGUCGGGGUGGGUGUUCUUCUACGUGCCCAGCUCCAAGAGUUUCAUCGUCUAUCUCAAGAAUAUUGUCGUGGCCGACUUCCUCAUGAGCCUGACUUUUCCUUUCAAGAUCCUGGGGGACUCGGGCCUGGGCCCCGAGCAGCUGAACAUCUUCGUGUGCCGGGUCUCGGCCGUGGUCUUCUACAUCAACAUGUACGUCAGCGUCAUGUUCUUCGGGCUCAUCGGCUUCGACAGGUAUUACAAGAUCGUGAAGCCUCUCCUGACGUCUUUCAUCCAGUCCGUAAGCUACAGCAAACUGCUGUCGGGGCUGGUGUGGGGCCUCACGCUGCUCAUCGCCCUUCCCAACAUGAUCCUGACCAACCGGGGUGUGGCGGGGGCCGCGCGCCUGAGAUGCAUGGACCUUAAGAGCGACCUGGGCCUCAAGUGGCACAAAGCCUCCAGCUACAUCUUUGUGGGCAUCUUCUGGAUCGUGUUUCUCUCCCUAAUCGUCUUCUACACUGCUAUCACGAAGAAGAUCUUUAAGUCCCACCUCAAGUCCAGAAAGAAUUCCAUAUCGGUCAAGAAGAAAUCUAGCCGCAACAUAUUCAGCAUUAUGUUCGUGUUUUUUAUCUGCUUUGUGCCUUACCACAUUGCCAGAAUCCCCUACACACAGAGCCAAACAGAAGCUCAUUACAACUGCCAGGCAAAAGAAAUCCUGCUCUACGUGAAAGAAUUCUCUCUGCUCCUGUCAGCUGCAAACGUAUGCCUGGACCCCAUUAUUUAUUUCUUUCUAUGCCAGCCAUUUAGAGAGGUCUUGUGUAAGAAAUUGCAUAUCCCAUUAAAAACUCAGCAUGACUCGGACACUUCCAAAACCAAAAGGGAAAAUAUAAUACGGGAAAGCACAGAUACUUUGUGAGUUCCCACCUCCUUUCAAAUUAAGCUCAUGCAUGCAUGCUGUAAUCUUCAAUUCCAUAACAAAACAGAAUGAAUACUGAAUACACGUGUCCACAAUAGUAUCAUCUCUAGGCAUCACUAUUCAACUUAGUGGAAUAAUAAAGUUAAUAGGUAAGUUUCCAUGCUUCUUUUGUAACAUCAAAGAAAAAAACAAUACAUUAUUUAAUCUUAUCCCAUCAAAAUAGAAGGUUUAAAAGUAUAAUCAGUAGCCUGGUCAGUUCAUACAGAACUUUAAACAGCAAAUACAUUGGAAGCAAUAAAGACAAUUCACAGGUGUGUCUUCUUCUAAAAACAAGAAUUAAGUUACACAGUUUUUUUCAACAGGGUCAUUAAAGACCAGUGUAAAAGCAGGCAGAGUUGAUAUGGACUUAAGAGGCCAGUUUGUAGUGAAAAAAGUCAAGUUUUCUCUGAUUUGAAGAACCUGGGUAAGCAGACAAUGAGAAAAUUACUUAAGAAAUCCCCAACUGAUUUAUUUCAUCACAUCUCAAAGGAAAGCAGAUAUAACUUCUGUACACCACAGCAAAAAAUGUAAUUUUUCUCUGAUAGCAUUUUGAGGAUAAGGUAACUUUUAAAUUCUUUAUAUGAAGAUUAGCUAAGCCACUUAAUGAGCCUGGGGUUCUGGUCUUAGAAUAUGUAUAAGUGAACUCUACAGAGAGAAGCUAGGUAGUGGCAUGUGUUGUGAGCAACUUCCUCUGCUCAAUGGUAUGGAAAAAAAUAUAUAUAUAUAGGCUGAUUGGGGAAAAGGCAUAUGCACACAAAUACCCGCCGGGCUGGCAACAUACAUUAUUCCCUAGGAGCAGAAAGAAACAGUUUCUGUAGAAAGCAACUGGACUUCAUAAAAAAGAAAAUCUAAAAUUUAUGAGUGAUAAAUUACACACAAAAUGAAAAUUUACAUAUCACAUUUUAUGAAAAACAAAUUUCAUAUGUGCAGAUAUAGGAUAUGGUCGCUGGCUCUCUGAGUUAUCAAAGCUAAAUUCUUUCCUUGCUGUUAACUUGCCUGAAGAUAUUUAGCCCAACUUUCAAAUGUUCUUCUCAAACAUUUUUGUAUGUUUAUAUAUAUAUUUUUUUCAAGCCCUAUCAUAUAUGUACUAAUAAAAAAAUAUUUUUCAUAGUG